AUGCUGCGCCGACUCUGCGCACUCGCGCUCCUUGCUGCGACGGCUGCGCUCGCCUCGCCCGGCGCACCUGCCCUCGCGCUCGAGCCUCGCUACGAUCAUUCGGCCCUCGGCGCCUCGACGCCCAGCAGCGACGACAGCGCUGCAGCCGACGCACAGUACUACGCGCGGCUCUUGGCUCUACACGCCGUCCUCGGGUUCGUCGCGUUCCAGGUCGUCGCGCCGCUCGCAUUCGUCAUCGCCGCCGUCGGCAAGAGCUGGGGCAACCUGUGGUUCAAGGCGCACUGGCGCAUGCAGCUGUACUUUGUUGCGCCGGCGACGGUCGUGUCCGUCGUCAUCGCGGUGGUCGCCGCUAACGGCGAGGGCGAGGGCGGCGAGGUCGACCUCAAGCACAAGAUCACGGGCUACGUCCUCCUCGGCGCCCUCUCGGUCCAAGCACUCCUCGGCUUCUACUCGCACCACCGCCAAGUCGUCGGCGAGCGCUUUGUUGCCGAAACCGGCCGCGAGCUUCCCGUCGCCAAGCGCCGCAUGUCCAACUGGAUGCAUAUGGCGCUCGGCGUCGCGCUGUUGACCGUCGGAGGACUCGAGGUGACAUGGGGCUUUGGCCUGUACGAGGAGACCGUCGGUGAGAAGGUGCCGAUCUGGGUCGUCGUCGUUCACUGGGUCGUCGCCGGCCUGCCCGUCCUCGUCGUCACGCCGUUCGUCCUCAUUCGCGGCUUCUUGCGCCUUCGCCAAGGCGCCAACCUCGUCGACGCGUUCGUCACGCCGUUCCACAGCUCGUCCUCGUCCCUGACGAGCAAGUCGUCGCACCAGCCACCCCGCAAGCUCUUCCUCCACUCGGCGACGUACCUCUCGACGCCCGUCUUUGACGUCGACCUCGAGAACGACAAGGCCGACGGCGUCGGUCACGCGUACGCGCCGGGCAAAGGCGUCGACGGGCACAUCCGGGUCGACAGCAUCGCGAGCACGUGGCCCGGCGCCCAGACGCGCGACGAGUACGAGGCCGAGGUGGCGAGUUCGCGCGCGCCGGACAGCGUCGUCGACGGCGGCGUGUCGUCCUCGGCGGCGAGCUUCCGCAGCUUUACGACGCUCGGCAACGACUAUUCUCGAGCGGACGGGGCCGACGAGGAGGGCACGGGCUUGCUGCGCGCCGACUCGACUUGGCGGCCUUCUCAAGUUGCGCCCGGCGCCAUGGCGCUCUACGACCCGGCGCCGACGACCUAUCCGCCUGCGCCCGCCGCCGUCACCGACGUCAGCUCCGCCACGCCGUCUCUCCCUGCCCUCCCACCCGUCUUCUCGCCCGUCUCGUCGCCCGCGCCUGCGCCCGCACAGACCCUCUCAACCCCGGCCGUCCUCCCCGGCCCGCCCGCCGCCAGCGCCGUCGCCUCGCCCCUCUCUCCCCGCCUCUCCUUCAUGCCCUUUGCCGGCCCCGCCCCCGCCCACCCACCGCCGACGUCCGCCAGUCCCGCGCCAACCUCGCUCACCGUCUCGAGCGCGCCGAGUCUCGACGCACACGGCGCCGUCGCCGCUGCGCCCGUGCUCGUCCCGACGCCCGAUGCACUCGAGGGACGAGACCGGCACAGCAGCUUUGCGGGCGAGGUCGUCGACGCCGCGGCGCGGCCGAGCAGGGACAAGCUCCUCCCGCUGCCGGGCGAGCCUGGCUCGCCGAGCUCGUUCGCGUCGUCGAGGGCGGCGGUCGAGGAUGAGGGAGGUGUGCGGCCGACGAGCGAGGGUGCGGCCGCAGAGGAGGAGGACGGCGCAGGGGUGGGCGACGACAGCGAGUCGACGCGGCUCAUGGACGAGCUCGAGCGCGAGUUGACCAUCUCGACGGUGCGCAGCGGGCGGUCGGCGCGCUCAGUCGCCCCUGCUGCUGCUGCUGCGGCCGCCAAGGACGAGGCGCAGAAGGGAGCGGCGGCAGAGCAGGAGGCGGACGAUGAGCAGACGAGGCUCGAGCGCGAGCAGAGCGGCAAGUGGCUGGGCAGCAACCGUCUCUCGUCCUCGUCGUAGCAGCCCUGUCUCUCUCUCUCUCGUCGUCUCGAAGCGCAAUGCAACGUCCGUCGCACUGCAGCACCGUC